AAAACCGGCACUCGAGCACGGCGAUUCAAUUAAGCCGCUUGCGUCCAGCGCAUUCCAUUGACAACCGGCGUCGCUAAUCCUCAGAUAAACCAAUUUCCCGGCAGUCUUUCUUUCCGGCUGGAUGGAGACCAAAGCGCUCUUGUGCGUAAUGCUCAUCAGCAGUCUCAUCAUGAGCUGCUACUGCGCCUGCCGGCACCGCCACGGGACUUCCGGUGCGGGAUCAUCGGGACAGACGCAGGCCACUAAAUACACCGUCGAGGAGAAGGACACGCUCUUCAAGAUCGCCAAGAAAUUCGGCAAAGACUGGCGGGAUAUCGCCCGGAUCAACGGGCUCACCAAUCCCGACCGCAUCUAUCCCGGUGACGAACUGACCAUUCCCAGCUAAUUACUUGCCUUACUGGACUACAUAAUGGAAGAUUCGUUUUCUUGCGGAAUAACGCUAAUAAAAAUAAUAAUCUUUAUAUUAAUUAAUACAAACAAUAAUCUUUAUUUUUAUUUAUCAGCGGUUUUAUUUAUGCGACACAUGCAUUGUGCACUUUCUUGAUAGAAUGUGAUCUCUGUUUAUUUAUACAGAAAAAUUAUACAUACAGUUUGUAAUAAAUAAACACUUCUUGAGGGCUUGAAUAAACUGUAUCC